AUGGCAAACUGUAAUUUACUCUUUUAUCAACCGUAAUAAUAAUCCAUAGUUAUACGUUCAUAACUAAUAACCCUGAAUCAAAGAAAGAAAGGGGAAAAAAUAUUCUGAGAGAAGGUCCAGGUAAAAGGCCAAGACCAAUUUGAACGUCGAAGCCCUUUUCGCUUGCUGCUUUUCUGCCAUUUCAUCGUUCAAUUCCUCGCUGAAAUCUCCAUCCAUAAACGAGGCAUAAAGCAAUUCUGUCUGGAGAUUGAAACAAAAGCCAAGGCAGCAAUGAUAACGCGAUCGAAUCUGGCGGAGCAGUUGCGAGAAUAUCAGAAUCGAUCUAAGCACGAUUGGGCUUCUGUCUCAUUUUUUUCUUCUACUUCUAAUUUACAUUCUUCCAGGGUUGAUGUUGUGAUCUUCGUAAUAUGGGAACUUAUCAUUCUAGCUUUCCUGGUUUUUUCAGCAGUAUCGUUAUAUUUUAGGCAUUUGCAACUUGCUUUUAUCUUGGUAUGCAUCACAAUGCUAUUGCUUUUAUGCAUGAAAAUUACAAAGCAAGUGAGAUUGGCUAGGAAAAAGAAACGAAGGAUGCUACUUCCAUUGUCAAUGUGAAACCACAAGUUGAGAACUUUUUUAAACAAUCCAACUUUGUUGUGUAAAUCAUGAGAAUUGUUGGCCGUUGCAUUUGGUCUGAGCUCUCUUUGGUUUAUUGGAGCCUGUAAUUGCAACUAGAGUAAGUUGAUUAAAAGAAUAUGAUUGAUGUGAAUUUUUUUUGACAAUUACCGAUGAAAGUGGUGUCUUGUUACCUCUCAAGAUGCUAAGUUGGGUUGUUUCAACUUGCAAUUGAAUGAGGAUCAGGUAGUUCAGGGUAAGGUAAUUUGCUACUUGCUUGCUGUAUAAACAUUUUCUUUAAGAAAUCAAUAUCCUAAGAAGAUUUACUUGCAUAAA